AUGGCGCAGUUACUCUCCCCUGUUUGUACGGAUCUUUUAAAGUUCCAGAACUCUGUUCUUAACUCCAGAUCAAGUACCUCGCGGUUCUCAGCAAAGCCAAGCGGUUCUGCUUCGUCUUGGUGCUUACCUGCACACGCAAGAAGGAGACGAAGUAGCUACAUCGGAAGAUUGAGAGUUGCAACAGAGGAUGCUUCUUCUCUUUCCACCGGCGAUGUUGCCGAUGAUUACUAUGCUGUUCUCGGACUGCUUCCAGAUGCGACACCAGAGGAGAUUAAGAAGGCUUACUAUAACUGUAUGAAAUCUUGUCAUCCUGACUUGAGUGGAAAUGACCCGGAGACCACAAACUUCUGCAUGUUCAUCAACGAUGUCUAUGAGAUUCUUAGUGAUCCUGUACAGAGAAUGGUUUACGAUGAGAUUCAUGGGUAUGCAGUGACUGCCACCAAUCCUUUUCUUGAUGACUCUAGCCCCAAAGAUCAUGUUUUUGUUGAUGAGUUUGCUUGUAUAGGCUGUAAAAACUGUGCCAAUGUGGCUCCAGAUAUAUUUAAGAUUGAGGAAGACUUUGGAAGAGCAAGAGCAUGUAACCAGCGUGGCAAUCCGGAUUUGCUUCAGCAAGCAGUUGAAACAUGCCCAGUUGAUUGCAUCUAUCAAACUUCUGCGGCACAGUUGUCAUUGCUUGAAGAUGAAAUGCGUAGGGUUGAAAGAGUGAAUGUUGCUCUUAUGCUUUCUGGAAUGGGAUCAGGAGCUGUUGAUGUUUUCAGAAUGGCGAGAUCUAGAUGGGAAAAGAGGCAAGCAAAAGUUUUGAAUCAAGCCAGAACUAGAAUGAUGAAGCGGAAAAGCACAGAUGAAACACCUUCCUAUUGGGAUAACCUCUGGGGCAAAGACAAUCAAUACCAGAAAAGCGAGGAAGAAGUACAAGAACGAGCUCAGCGAGCCGCCGCAGCAGCCAGGAGAUGGAGGGAAUACUCACGAAGAGGUGUGGAUAAGCGGCCAACCUUCAAACUCCCUGACUCCUCAUCCUCCACAGGAGACAACUGA